AUGAAGAGCAUCUGGAUAAUUAUAAUAAUUUCCUACAUGAUUGAUUGGACUGAUUCUGCAAAAAUCAUUAUUUCUGCUAAUGCAACUAAAUUCAUGGCAAAUUCAUCAGCAGAAUUGACCUGUGCAUUUCCAAGUUCUCAAAGUAUUUUAAUGUGGCAUAAUCAAAACCUUCCUUAUAACCUGAUGUGUAAAAAUAAAACAAGUUGUGAUUCGGCACCUGGAUACAUUCUUUCAAGACAUGAUCAGAAUAUUACUCUCAUUAUUAAAAAGGUUGUUUCUCAUAUGAAUAGCUGGCGAUGUUCAGACCUUCAAGUAAGUUUGUCUGAGUACAUUACUUUCGCAGUCAUAGAUAAUCCACCUUUGAAAAUGACAAUUGUAAGCACUGGUGCAUCUUCCUGGGAACUAACAACAUCUUGUUCAAAUCCACCACCAGUUAUCAAUUGUAUGCAUAAUGUCACUGUAAUCCCAGUUAAUAUGAGUGCUCCAAAAAUAUGCAGUGAGAACCUUCUCUCCUCUUUAAGAGGCACCAUUCAAGCUCAGAAUUUUAUGUAUGUAAAAUGUCAGGCUAAGCGUGGAACAGAAGUAGCUGAAGCAUAUGGAACAACAGAAUUAGUGACAAGCACAUCUGGCCAUAGCACUGAUGGUUUACCAAAAUUUGAACUCAAAAUGAAGUAUUUACCAAACUGCAUUUACAGAAUUGAAAGCUCCUGCACCAUGUAUAAAAUCAAUUUCACAUGUAUUAAUAACAGUAAAAAGAUGAAUUUAGAAAAUGUGGUUCACGAUUGUCAGAAUAAUGCCUUGAAAUCUUACACUGUGGAGUUAAAAGGUAUGGCCUAUGGAACUACAUUUAACUGCACGACUUUUGAUGAGAGAAGCAAUUACUCAAUCCAGGAAACAGUUUCCUGUCAAUUAGCAUUUUAUACUUCUGGUGGAUUAGUAAUAAGCAUUGGUCUUGUGUUUGUUGGUGCUGCUGUGACAAUGUAUCUGUUUAACAUUGGUAAGUGUUUUCUACAAAUCUGUUUUUUUUUUUCUUCCUUUGUUCUAUUCCCACUUUGA